AUUUCGGAUCAGGCUCUCUGUGAGUCCCUCUGUCUUCUCUCUCUCUCUCUCUCUCUCUGUGUGAGUGUCUUUUUCCCCUUUUUUCUAUUUUCUUCAUGGAGCUACAGAAACGCCAAGAUCAGAGCUUGCCUGCGGAGAGGAAGGGGCAAAAGAGGAAACUGGAAGAGGAAAUCGAAGAGGAGCGAGAGAUCUCCGUUUCUUCCGGCGAUGCCAGACAAGCUUUACUGAGCGAGGUUAGUGCGCAGGUUAAUAUCCUCAACUCCACCUUCUCUUGGAACGAAUCAGAUCGAGCUUCGGCCAAACGCGCCACUCAUGUUCUCGCCGAACUUGCUAAAAACGAGGAGGUAGUGAACGUGAUAGUUGAAGGAGGUGCGGUACCGGCUUUGGUGAAACACCUUCAAGCGCCGCCUUUCGCUGAUGGUGACCAUGUUCCGAAACCAUACGAGCACGAGGUCGAGAAGGGCAGUGCUUUUGCACUAGGACUUCUAGCCGUGAAGCCAGAGCAUCAACAGCUCAUUGUUGACACUGGUGCAUUGACUUAUCUAGUGAAUCUAUUAAAGAGGCACAGGGAUGGUUCUAUUUCUCGGGCUGUGAAUAGUGUCAUUCGUAGAGCUGCAGAUGCCAUCACUAACCUUGCUCAUGAAAAUAGCAGCAUCAAAACCCGUGUCAGGAUGGAAGGUGGAAUUCCACCACUGGUGGAGUUGCUUGAUUUUACCGAUACAAAGGUGCAAAGGGCGGCUGCAGGGGCUCUGCGAACCCUGGCAUUUAAAAAUGAUGACAAUAAGAAUCAGAUUGUUGAAUGCAAUGCUCUUCCUACCCUUAUUUUAAUGCUUCGAUCUGAGGAUGCUGCUAUCCAUUAUGAAGCGGUUGGUGUGAUUGGAAAUCUGGUACAUUCAUCGCCAAAUAUAAAGAGAGAAGUUCUCCUUGCAGGAGCUCUACAACCUGUCAUUGGAUUACUUAGUUCCUGCUGCUCUGAGAGCCAAAGAGAGGCCGCUCUGUUACUUGGACAGUUUGCCGCUACUGAUUCAGAUUGCAAGGUUCACAUUGUGCAGAGAGGUGCUGUUCGACCUUUGAUUGAGAUGCUUCAGUCCCCAGAUGUACAAUUGAGAGAGAUGUCAGCCUUUGCAUUGGGGAGACUGGCACAGGACGCUCACAACCAAGCUGGUAUUGCUCAUAAUGGUGGUUUAGUGCCAUUAUUGAAGCUUCUUGAUUCUAAAAAUGGGUCUCUGCAACAUAAUGCUGCUUUCGCUCUUUAUGGCCUUGCAGAUAACGAGGAUAAUGUAUCCGAUUUUAUUAGGGUAGGAGGCAUCCAGAAGCUGCAAGAUGGGGAGUUUAUCGUUCAGGCAACCAAAGAUUGUGUAGCCAAGACAUUGAAGAGAUUAGAGGAAAAGAUUCAUGGAAGAGUUUUGAACCAUUUAUUAUAUUUGAUGCGUGUGGGAGAGAAGAAUGUCCAAAGACGAGUUGCUUUGGCUCUUGCACAUCUUUGUUCACCAGAUGAUCAAAGAACAAUAUUCAUUGAUAGCAAUGGGUUGGAGUUGCUUCUUAUACUUCUUGGCUCUAGCAGCCUUAAGCAGCAACUUGAUGGUGCAGUGGCACUGUUCAAGUUGGCAAACAAAGCCACGACUCUUUCUCCUGUUGAUGCAGCUCCUCCCUCUCCAACACCACAGGUUUAUCUAGGGGAGCAGUACGUAAAUAAUCCUACGCUGUCUGAUGUUACAUUUCUAGUUGAAGGUAGACGGUUCUAUGCUCAUAGAAUCUGCUUACUUGCUUCUUCAGAUGCAUUUCGUGCAAUGUUUGAUGGUGGUUACCGGGAGAAAGAUGCAAGGGACAUAGAGAUUCCAAAUAUUAGAUGGGAGGUCUUCCAAUUGAUGAUGAGAUUCAUCUACACUGGAUCAACAGAUAUUACGCCAGAUAUUGCUCAAGAUCUUCUUAGAGCUGCUGAUCAAUAUCUCUUGGAGGGGCUUAAGCGACACUGUGAGUACACAAUUGCACAGGAUAUAUCACUGGAAAACGUUUCGAGCAUGUAUGAACUGUCGGAAGCCUUCAAUGCUAUGUCCUUGAGGCACACAUGCAUUUUGUUUAUCCUGGAGCAGUAUGAAAAAUUGAGUGCAAAGCCAGGGCAUUCUCAUCUGAUCCAGCGAAUAUUACCAGAGAUCCGCAAUUACUUUGCUAAAGCGCUUACCAAGCCUAACAACCCACAUAGCUUGCGGCUGUAGAUUACUGCCCUUAUAUUCUUGAGGUCUAACCAAAAUACAAUGUUGUACAGAAAGCGGUAGAAGAUGAUGUUCCUGUUCUGGAGCCAGUUGAAGAUUCUAAUUCGAUUGAUUGUAGUUUGACUUGUUAUGAUUUCAAUUCUAAUUCCAGAACCUUGUUGUUGCUUGUAAAAUGUUGUUUGUAAACACAUUUGUGCAUGUUCCAUGAUAGGUUCUUUUAAGGCAUUUCCACCUUUUGGAUUGCUGUCCAGAUAGAUAGAUAGAUAGAGAGAGAGAGAGAGAGAGAGAGUCUGCUUAAGUAUAUGAAUGAGCCUCUUCAUUUUCA